AGGGUUGCCAACUAUACUGUUUUAAACAGUAUUAUACUGUUUUUCACUAAAUUAUACUUUUUACUGUUUUACAAAAAAAAAGUAUACAAAAAUACUGUUUUCAGCAUCGAAGCAGACGCUCAAAAAUUUUUUUUGUCAGACAGAGGGCGCUCACUGCGCGCUCACUGCUGCAGCUAAAAACAAAUCAAAUCACACUAAGUUUCUGAACGAAUCUGUCACUGUCAGUGUGCCUACUGUCACUGUCAGUGACAAAUAUUCAAGACUGUCAGUGUCAUGUCAUUCGUGUAUGUUACAAUUACUACUACGUUAAGUUCGUUAUCAAUAUUUAACCGUUUUUUUGUGUGGAGUGAACCCUGUAGUGAUAAGCUUAGUGUACAAAAGAUGGAAAGUGAUAGUGACACUACUCCUACAACGCCAAGAAAGAAAGCCAAACUAUCGAAGGUUAAACAACACUUGACCAGCAAAAAACACCAAGCAAAAAUGGAAAUGAGAAAAUCUAGUGGAUUGUUACAAAAGUUUUUUCCUAAAACUUCUGCUUCUACAUCAGGCUUGUCUUCUAAUGAAGAUACCAAGUUAGCAGCGGCUGAGUUAGCGAUGACAUACCAUACUGUCAAGCAUAAUUUAUCAUACAAUAGCCAGGACUGUAGUAUCAAAUUAAAUAAGAUUAUCUAUGUUGAUUCCAAAACAGCCACUAACUUACGAUUGGCUAGGACAAAAAUGGAGGCAUUAGUGACCGAAGUUCUUGGCCCACAUUCCUUGCAGUCUGUUAUUGAUCAGUUAAAUAAAGACAAUGUAUUUUACUGUCUGCAAACUGAUGCCUCCAAUAAAAAAAAUAUUAAAUUGUUUCCUCUGGUAGUUCAAUAUUUUACCCCUAAAAGUGGAAUACAACAAAAAUUAAUUGAUUUUUAUGAAAAUCCAGAUGAAUCUGCCAAUGGUAUGUUUUCAGCAAUUAAAAACUCCUUAGAGUCUUUGGAACUUCCUUUCAGUCAAAUAUCUGGUUUUAGCGCUGACAAUACUAAUGCAAAUUUUGGACAUAAUCAUUCAUUAUAUACAAACAUUUUAGAGGUUAUUCCAGAUUUAAUAAAAGGAAAUUGUCAUGCCCAUAUUGUACACAAUUCAGUGAAACAUGCUAUGAAUUGUUUAAAUUAUGACAUUGAGAACAUUAUAUUAAAAAUCUAUAGCCAUUUUUCUGUGUCAGCAUGCAGAAGAGAAGAAUUAAAAAGAUUUGUAGCACUUGCUGAAGGAGAGUUUCAUGAAAUAAAACGACACAUAGGAACUCGUUGGCUGUCACUUUUACCAGCGAUUGAUACAAUUUUGCUUAAUUGGAUACCAAUUUGUAAUUACUUUGUUGAUUUGGAUGUUGACUGUCCAAUGGUUAUUCAAAAUUUAUUAAUGUUAGAUGAUAAUUGCGUGUCAAUAAAUGAACCGGACCGGACGCAAGGGCGACGCGCGACGCGGCGCGGUCACACGAGACGUCUCACGGACACAUGGGACUUCAAAACUGCUGAAACGAACUUGAAUAUUUUCAUAUAA